AAAGAAAAUAAAGAAACCAUUUCAUUGUAGCUCCAAGAGAUAUAAGAUGAGAAAGUUAUCUUACUACUUUCUAUUUAUACAAACUGAAAGUUUUGAUGUUUUUCCCCAUAUUUAGGACAAAAAAACCCCCACUUGUUGAUGUGCCUCUUCCUCUCUCCUGUUGAAACAGUUAUUGGGGAGACUUGACAUUUUAGUUUUCGAAGUACAGUUGUUGUUUAGCUUCUCCUUCACAAGUAUCUGCUUUUGCCUCAGCAUUCUCAGCAUUCUAAGUCUGAUCAAAUCAGGUUGUGUAAGCUUAGUCACGUUGGAGGUAAUUUGGACCAGAAAGUGUGGUAAUUAUGUUGUUGGGUCUAUAAUGGAGAUAGUACAUCAACUCCACUGCUGAUGAGGUUGGGGAAGUCGUUUAACUGGACCAAAUCAUUGAGAAGACAAUGGCAGGUGACAUCAUAGGUAAUUGUGAGGCUGCAAUGGAGCUGAAAUUGGCAAAAGCAUGAUGCAAGGGGCUAUAAUUUAUCGUACAGCUCCCAUCUAUUAAAGAGACAUUUCAAGAAGUUCUCAGUUGGUUUUAGCUCCAAAUAAGUCUCCCAUGGGAUCCAAAUCGUUGUUUCAGACGCAUCUGAGGAAUCACCUGCCACUGUGGGGAUCAGUUCCAAAGGCAGUUUGUCAUUUGACAUGGGGCAGGCGGCUUUCUGAGAAUGUUAAAGAUGUCCUGAGCAGGCAGUGCCAGAUUUGUAGGGUUUUUAGGUAUACAUUCUAAUCCCCCAAAUUACCCUGAAGACCAUUUUUAGUUCAUUAAUUUCCAAAUGGGUGUGCUUGGGAUUUCCUAAUGUGUAUCAAAAAGUAUCACAUAAUUUGAGUGCACAUUUUGUUCUAAAUGUAUUAUUUUGUUCUGUACUAUCAUUUCAAAUGGGUAUGAAUAUUCCUUAAAGAUGUUGCAUCUUCCAUUCUGGAGUUCUGUUUAUGACCUCACAAAGUACAUGAGGUCACAGAAAGCAUUCCAUUUUCUUUCAGUUGCGCUUUUGUAUUGCUGUCUCCAGUGUUGCUUACAUGGAAAUAUACUCAAUAUGUUUAGAAACCAAGGCAAGACGUUUGAAACUACGGUUGAAUUGCCUGAAGAACGGCGAUUAAUCGAUAAGCUUUCUUUGGAAGCCUUCAAUGCUCCUUCUGAUGUUGAUGUGAAAUAUUAUGUCUUUGGAUACAAGAGAAGAGACACUGGUCUGUAUAAAUUCAUCGAAACAAUAUUCUACCACCCACUGUUCAAAUCAAUUAUGAUCAGCACCAUCACACUAAAUGCAAUCUUUUUGGCUCUAGAAACAGAUUAUAAAGUUUCCAAGGAGUCCAAUUUCUUCCUGGAGGUGGCAGAUCUGAUUAUUUUAGCUAUCUACACCACAGAAUUCCUGAUGAGUGUUUAUCUGGAGCCCGUUAAGUAUUGGGGGGAUGGUUAUAAACGAUUUGAUUUCAUUGUCCUUCUAAUUGCUUACCUCCCGUACACCAUUGAUAGAAGCAACCCCAGUACGCACCAGACUUCAACCUUGUUGAAAGGCUUCCAGGUACUACGAGUUCUCAAACUUAUCUACUACAGCCCAGGAAUGAGGAUUCUGAUGGCAGCCCUGAGGCAGACUGUGAAAAAUGUCAUCUAUGUCCUUGUUUUGUUGUUCCUCUUAAUGUUAAUCUUUGCGAUUUUGGGUCAUGGUUUGUAUGGAGAUCCCACACAUGGAGACUAUAAGAACUGGGGCACCUUAGCAGCUGCCUUUUUCACUCUCUUCAGUUUAGUAACGGUUGAUGGCUGGACAGACUUGCAAGAAGAAUUGGAUAACAGACAUUUUGUUUCAAGCCGAACAUUCACCAUUGUGUUCAUUCUCUUGGGAUUUUUUGUGUUUUUCAACAUGUUUAUUGCAGUUGUCAUUAUGGAUAUUCAGAGUUCCACUGAGGAAUAUGAACAAAAGCUCAAAGCAGAAAGGCGGGCUAAUCUCAUUGCCAAGAAGCAAACCAUUUUAAAAAGGCAACAGGACGAAGUGAAUGAUUUGCUCAACCAGCAAAAAUCAACUGAAUAUCAAACUUUUAAUGAAAUGGUGGAAGAGUUCAAAAAAACCUUGCUUCACACAGAUCCUAUGAUCUUAGAAGACUUUUGUUGCAGCCUACCAUUCAUCGAUCUCUAUCUGUUAUCCUUAGAUCGCCAGGAUGCCACAAUUUAUAAGCUGCAAGAACUCUAUUAUGAAAUUGUUGCUACUUUGACCACUCUGUUACGGGAAGCAGAAGAAAAGUCUUUGAAAUCUUUGCAGUUAGCCAACGUAAAAUCGAAAUCUUCUUCCUCUAUGACUCCAAGCCAAAUAAUAAAUAAAUAGUUAUUUUGCUCUGAAAAGAAACAUUCUUGUGCAUUGCAUUGCUAUGACUGUAAUUAAUGGUAAAUCUCCCUUAUGAACUUCUAUCAGAGAUCAGAUUUUGCCCAGCUCGUUCACAUCUUGGGAAACGUAAACAUAAUUUGACUGCUCUCCUAAUGUAUCUUUGUGUUUGUGGUUGUAUCUCUUUCCAUCUUUAUAGGCAUAGGUCAAAAUGUUAGAUCAUAUCCUGUGACUUUUUUCUUGAAGGCCAUGUGGUAGCUGUUAACUAGCAAACCCAGAUGCAGUGCAAAAUAAAAGUUUAUUCUGUCUGUGCAGAAUAAUCCCCCAUUUGUUGUUUGUUGGGAGAAAGGAACAAGAUCUUGUGUCUGCACAAAAUUUCCCUUUCCAUAGUGGUCAGUGAGCGCACAGAACAUAAAUGAGGGCCAUGCAGCAUGCUCCCUAGCGUCUAAGGAUACAUAGAAUACACAUAGGUUUGUGAUGAUGGAAUUUGAAUGCCUGGGUGUUUGUAGUCAACUUCAUUGCCACUUAAGUAGUCAUGAAUUUGCACUGCUAAUUGCUAAGAUGACAUGGAGAAAAGGUUUGAUGGCAAUGGGAAUAACUACUCUUUGAGUCUUAGAGCUGGUGAGACUUCUGAUCCAACAACAUUUCGAGAACUAGAAAUUUAGCAAAACAAUUUGGGAGAGGGAAGUCUUGAUGAUGUAAUGCAACUUGACUUCCAAAGUCUCAUGAGCAGCAAUAAUAUCCUGAGAAGAAAUCCAUUUUGAAAUGUUUAGUUAUGCUUGGUCAUUUUGAACAAGAUGGAAAAAUAUUUUCUUUGGUGAUUCUGUCGAUUAUUCUAGAGCCACAGGAUCCUGCUCCUUCGCAGAAAGCAAGAGUCAGAUGUGAAGCAUAUUUUCUUCUUGAAUUAACCUCAAAAUGUGAGAAAGGGCAGGGAAAUCCUCUAGACGCCAGUGGCGGGUGAAACCGCCAGCUCUUGAAAUAGUUUGAGAAUUUCAUGGAUGGCAUUUACCAGUCUCACUCCCUCCCAAGAAAAAAGAAGGGAUAUAAUAUUUGGUGCUGAGAUCCUGGACUCGUAUAAAUAUAUUUUUUGUAUUACAGCUGUGAAACACUUUAUGAUUAUGUGUAGUGGGAUGGUGUAUAAUAUUACCAAAAGAACCACUUGAAAAAUGUCCUCUUUAAUAGUAAGUGGUUAGUCUGGGUUACUCUAUGGCUUUUUAGUAGUAAAAUAAAUUAGAAACAGACGUGAACAGUGUCUAAAUCUAGGCUCCGAAAUGUUUGAAAAAUGAUGCCCAUAAAGCAAAAUUAUUGACACUUUCUGACAAAGAUAUGGGCUGGUGUUUAAAAAAGAGAGAGAAAAA